AUGAUCUGCCACCAGCUGUCGCGACGCGCUGUCUUUAUCACAAGGCCUUUGCAGAGGACACUGCAGCCUUUGCUGUUACAGAGAGCCAAAAGAUAUGGCGCCUUUGAUGCAAAUCUCGAUCAAGAGGCCCUGGCAGAAGCAAGGACUUGGUACCAAUCUUUUGAUGCAUCGCAGUUACCCAAAGGCAGCACCACGUACGCGCGAUCCAGCGGCCCAGGCGGCCAGCAUGUGAACAAAACAGAAACCAAGGCCACCACUGUGUAUUCCGUGCGGGAUCUUUUGUCCACCCUGCCGAGGAAUCUGCACGCUGCUGUACGAUCCUCCAAGUACUAUGUGGCGAGUAACGACAGCCUCACAUUCCAAGACCAAACUCAUCGAUCAAGAACUGCGAAUGCAGACGAGAAUCGAAAUAAACUCCUUGAAGAAGUAAUACGUAUCUACAAAGAGACAACACCAACUGAGACAAGUGGCGAGAAGAAGAAGAAAUAUGAAGCCAUGUGA